CGCCCCCAGGCUCAUCCCCCUUUCCCGCAGCCCACGUGCCGCUGAGACCCGCCCGGCCGCGCCGUCCCGAGCCCCUCCCAGUCUGCGGCGACUCAGCCAGCGGCAGCCUGGGGAGAAGGGCGGUGGCUGGGAUCACGUGCCGCUCCCCGCUCAGCUGCUCCGACCCCAGCGCAGCCGCCACCGCCGGGACCCGGAGCCCGCCGCUGCCCCGCUGAGCCCGCGGUGCCGCCAGAGCUGGGAGGCGCGUCGGGGGCGCUGGCCGGGAUGCUGACGCUGGUGGCCCGGCUGCUGGAGUGGCUGCGCUCGCUGUUCUGGAAGGAGGAGAUGGAGCUCACCCUGGUGGGGCUGCAGUACUCGGGCAAGACCACCCUGCUCACCGUGCUGGCGUCAGGGCAGUUCACAGAAGAUAUGAUUCCUACAGUAGGCUUCAAUAUGAGAAAAAUAACAAAAGGAAAUGUUACCAUAAAGGUAUGGGACAUUGGGGGACAGCCAAGGUUUCGAAGCAUGUGGGAGCGCUAUUGCAGAGGAGUCAAUGCAGUUGUUUACAUGGUGGAUGCAGCAGAUUUAGAAAAAGUAGAAGCUUCCAAAAAUGAACUACACAGCUUAAUAGACAAGCCGCAGUUGCAUGGAAUUCCAGUGUUAGUCCUUGGAAAUAAAAGAGACCUUCCUGGUGCACUGGAUGAAAAACAGCUAAUUGAGAAAUUAAACCUUUCAGCUAUUCAAGACCGAGAAAUCUGCUGCUAUUCUAUUUCCUGUAAAGAAAAGGAUAACAUAGACAUAACAUUACAGUGGCUUAUUCAGCACUCCAAAUCAAGGCAUUGUUGAAGAAAACUUUUGCUGAAGAUAACUUUUCCUUCCAAAUCACAUGGGCCCCCAUCUAUUAUACACUACUGAAAAGAAAAGGAAUGAAACUAAAUACUACCAGGACUCACUUUCACUAGAUUUGUUAACAAAUAGAAAAUUUCAGUCCAUUACGGCCUUUAGAAAACAAACAUACAUACAUCCAGAAUGUCUGUCUGUCUGUCCUAAAAGCCUUAAUAUAAAACUGGAAAAAAAAUCAGUACUUUUUCUGAGCUGGAAUGUUUUGAGUUUAUGCAUGUGAAUUGUCAACUGUUUAGUAAUUUUUUUAAAUAUGAAGCUGAAUAAACUGCACAAUAGAAA